AUGGAGACCUUCAAAUGCGACGCCAUCACUUCCGACCGCGACGGGCGGAAUCCCGCCGGAUGGCACCCGAUGCUACUCGAAGACCCAACACUUCGACAAGACGAGAUCGAAAAAGCUUUCCGUGCCAUAUCCCUUCAUUUCUUCAUCAAGCCGGUGGUAGCCCGUAUCGGAACGCAUAUCCCCAACGGACGUCGGGUGCAGGUCUUCGAAGAUGUCUUCGCCGAAACUCCAAGUCUCGAGGCAGACAGCACUGUCAGCAAUCCCAGAGGAAAGCCCAAGACACCAUUCUCGGAGCCUAGAGAUGCAUCGAAAUCCAACGCGCAGCUAAUCGACUGCCUCGCAUUGGCAGCCGACUUGGAUGCCAAGAAGGCAUUUGCAAUACGUGGUCAGAUCGCCUGGGGCGGCCGACUCGGACGUGAUCACACACUUGCCGACGUGCCCAAGCAUUACGUCCGUGAUCGCCUGCUGGACUACAUCAACACGCAGCUCCCGGAAGAUCAACGAGAUGCGGUCCGUAGAGCUGUGUUUCCAGAAUUCAGUCCUUCCGAGCUGGCCGAAUACUCUGCUCUCGUCGCCGGCGAAGGCGAGGACCAGGAUAAGGAUGAGGACGACAAGGAAGCUGAUUCUAGACCCAGAAAGACCCAGUCCCGACCCAACAAGACCCAAUCCCGACUGGACGUAUUGGGACCGGAGCACAAGAAACUCGCUGCCCGAGUACUGGGUAAUAGAGCCGUCAAGUCCAUGCAAGAGCUGGAGGGCGUGUUGCAGCAAGGAAUGGCUCUGGACGAGAUCGAUCAGGACAUCGAUCUGGGCCCUCGUCCCCACUCGGGCAUCCGCGACUACGACUAUCCCGAGCCAAUAUACCGCUCUGGUCAAACCAGCAUCGACAGAGACUGCGAUCAGAUCCGGGCAAUGAUCGCACGUUUCACCCGGUGCGGGAGCGAAUGGGCGGUAGACAAGUUCCGGUUGGCCCUGGACGGCAUUUCGCAUGCACAACUGAUGGGCUUUCUACAGAGAAGAGGUUCAAGCGAGGGCUCGAAAAUGACGGUCUAUCAGCUUCCAUGGGAGUUCUUCAAGAAGCGAGAACUGCUUGGUCUGCCUCUUGAGGGUUCUGUCGGCAGCCCCGCCCUUAAGGAACGUGACGGAAAUCGUGGCAAGAAGCGCGCAAGUGGUGGCGGAGAAGGCGGCAAGGGGACAGGAAAGCGCACGAAGAUCACAUGA